AUGUCGGCUGCGGGCCGCGCCGAGUCCUUGGGUCCUCCCGACAGCUUUGCGAAGCGGGUCCUGGUGACCGGGGGUGCUGGUUUCAUAGCGUCACAUAUGAUUGUCUCUUUAGUAGAAGAUUAUCCAAAUUAUAUGAUCAUAAAUCUAGACAAGUUGGAUUACUGUGCAAGCUUGAAGAAUCUUGAAACCAUUUCUAAUAAACAAAAUUAUAAAUUUAUACAGGGUGACAUAUGUGAUUCUCACUUCGUGAAACUACUCUUUGAAACAGAGAAAAUAGACAUAGUACUACAUUUUGCUGCACAAACGCAUGUAGACCUUUCAUUUGUCCGUGCCUUUGAGUUUACCUACGUUAAUGUUUACGGUACUCAUGUGUUGGUAAGUGCUGCUCAUGAAGCCAGAGUGGAGAAAUUUAUUUACGUCAGCACAGAUGAGGUCUAUGGAGGCAGUCUUGAUAAGGAAUUUGAUGAAUCUUCACCUAAACAACCUACAAAUCCUUAUGCAUCGUCUAAAGCAGCUGCUGAGUGUUUUGUACAGUCUUAUUGGGAACAGUAUAAGUUUCCAGUUGUCAUCACACGAAGCAGUAAUGUUUAUGGACCACAUCAAUAUCCGGAAAAGGUUAUUCCAAAAUUUAUAUCUUUACUACAACACAACAGGAAAUGCUGCAUUCAUGGGUCAGGGCUUCAAACAAGAAAUUUCCUUUAUGCUACUGAUGUAGUAGAAGCAUUUCUCACUGUCCUCAAAAAGGGAAAACCAGGUGAAAUUUAUAACAUUGGAACCAAUUUUGAAAUGUCAGUUCUCCAGCUUGCCAAAGAACUAAUACAGCUGAUCAAAGAGACCAAUUCAGAGUCUGAAAUGGAAAACUGGGUUGAUUAUGUUGAUGAUAGACCUACCAAUGAUAUGAGAUAUCCAAUGAAGUCAGAAAAAAUACAUGGCUUGGGAUGGAGACCUAAAGUACCUUGGAAAGAAGGAAUUAAAAAAACAAUUGAGUGGUACAGAGAGAAUUUUCACAACUGGAAGAAUGCAGAAAAAGCAUUAGAACCCUUUCCAGUACAACCACCGUUUGUAUAG